AUGGAGUCGAGUCCAGGACCAAGUGUGAAAUCGAAGUCCAAGAAGAGCGUUGCGAAGAAAAAGUCAAACACAAUCAGCAUACAAAGCAUUGAUCUUACACAGGUCUUUGAUCCUCCAACUCCCCUCGAAGAAGAGCCCAAGCCCCCGCGACAGGAAAGAUGGGUUCACAGAGGGGAUGGGCCCCUUCUUAAUGCCAACACCCUUCCCAAAAGAUGGAACAUGAAUGAGCCUGAUCUUGAUCCAGAUGACAUCGACGCCCAGAUUGCCAGAUGCAAGGAGAGGAUUCAGGACAAUAUUAUGACAUUUGCGUUUGAAGAACGACUUAAAGAAUAUAAAUUACGAAAGCAAUAUAUUGAGUAUGUGACCCUUGCGCUGUUCGGAUCUGUUAGUUGGCUAAUAUUUGAUAGCGAGAUUGCCCAGGGCGAGCCAGAAGGUCUCAGCGUUGAUCUCCUUUUUUCGAAUCAAGUGCCUGAAAAGCAUCUUUCAAAGCUUAACGGCAACUUGCAUCUCACUGGCCUGGUCACUUACUGGUCUCACGGGGACCAGCUCUGCCAACCGAGACCAUUUAACUGGGAGGAGUUUGAUGCGAUAAAUGACGCGCAUGAAGGCUAUGUGGGCUUUUGGGUCGAAGGAAAACCUCAACUAACCCUUAUGAAGUAUAAUAUGGCAUUUCGAAUUCCUGGUUACCCUUGGUGGACAGAAUUAGACAUGCUCUACGACACUGGCUCACAAGCAACGAUGAUAUUUGAAGGUGACGUGCGGAGGAUGAUGGGCCCCUUUGGCCCGCCUGAAUAUCCACAAAUAAGAAUCAUCGGAAAUCAGCAUAUUAGCGGAUUUGGUGGAGACAUCACCUGUCCUAUCAUCGCACUGGAAGUUACCGUGCUCGGUUCGAACAGGAAGCGACUAACGCCGUGGAUCAGAGUUCCAGUUGGUCUGCAACAAGGUGACUAUAACCCAGCCAAAUAUCAAAUCAGAUGUGAUGGCCCAUUUAUCUCGAGGUAUCUUUAUACUGCUUCAGCACCAAAUCAGGCGGGAAAUAUGCAUUUUGCCACUAAUCCAGCUUCCUUGAGGUUGCCCUGGAUGGAGUCUCGUAAUGCAGCAGGGCUAAAUUACUCGCCUGAGCAAAACAUGGGGAAUUUUAAUGUCAAAGAGCGUAGUUACCGUAAGAAUCCGCGGCCAAAGGAUAUGCCGGAUCCUGGUUUUAGA